GAUUGCAUCCAAAUGCUGAGAUAGGAUUUUUAACAACAACUUCGGAAAAUCUAUUUCGAACGGUAUUUGAAAUGCAACCACGCGGCAAUGAAGGUGGACAGGGGUCGACUGUAAGUCGGGAGGAUAAGGUUAAGCAAAUAUUGGAUGAAAUUAUAGAAAAACUACCAGAAGAAUUUAACAUGAUAGAGGUCAUGAAUAAAGUUGAAGAACGAACACCAUAUAUCAUUGUUGCCUUCCAAGAAUGUGAACGAAUGAAUAAUUUAACUGGUGAAAUGAAACGUUCACUUAAAGAAUUGGAUUUAGGUUUAAAAGGUGAAUUGACAAUUACAUUGGAAAUGGAAGUACUUGAAAAUGCAUUAUUUCUUGACCAAGUACCAAUGAUUUGGGCCUCUCGUGCUUAUCCGUCAUUGUUGGGUUUGACGAAUUGGUUCGUUGAUUUGCUUAUGCGUCUUCGUGAAUUAGAAGCUUGGUCUACUGAUUUUGUGCUUCCAACGUGCAUUUGGCUGGCUGGAUUCUUCAAUCCACAAUCACUUUUGACGGCAAUUAUGCAGAGUACGGCGCGUCGUAACGAGCUUCCACUGGAUAAAAUGUGUUUGGUUUGUGAUGUAACGAAAAAACAAAAAGAAGAAUUCACGGGUGCUCCUCGAGAAGGUGCUUACGUACACGGGUUAUUUAUGGAAGGUGCACGAUGGGACACACAAUCGGGUAUUAUCGUUGAAUCUCGACUUAAGGAGCUGUUUCCCUCGAUGCCAGUCAUAAAUGUUCGA